AUGCGGGCUGUUCGGCCGCAGGCCUAUCUCCAGAUGGCCGUGCGGUCCUACUCGGGCCUCGCGGUUGCGACCCUCAACCACUCAUAUAGAGUCGCCUGCAUGCAAUCCGCAACAACCAACUACACCCCAAAACGCCUCAUUUCCUCCACGCCCCAGCCCCAGAUCAAGGAGUACUUCCCACCGCCGCAGACCCCGGGCGUGAAGCUCGUGAAAACUGCAUGGACUCAUCCAGUGUACACGGAAUCCCAGAUGAAAAGUGUCAUGGUCGCUCACCGGGAAGCCACCAACUGGUCUGACUGGGUUGCGCUGGGGACCGUCCGCAUUUUUCGAUGGGGCAUGGACUUUGCAACCGGGUACAAGCAUCCCAAGCCGGGCGACGAGCCCGACAAGAAGUUCAAGAUGACGGAGAAGAAAUGGAUGGCCCGCUUUAUCUUUUUGGAGAGCGUGGCAGGGGUACCUGGCAUGGUCGGCGGGAUGCUCCGCCAUCUGCGCAGCCUUCGUCGGAUGAAGCGAGACAAUGGCUGGAUUGAAACCUUAUUGGAGGAAGCCUUCAACGAGCGCAUGCACCUCUUGACCUUCCUCAAAUUAGCCGAACCAGGGUGGUUCAUGCGCCUGAUGGUCUUAGGAGCACAAGGCGUCUUUUUCAACGGCUUCUUUUUGUCAUACCUAAUUUCGCCACGGAUCUGCCACCGAUUUGUGGGCUAUCUAGAGGAGGAAGCCGUCAUCACAUACACCCGCGCCAUCCAGGAAAUCGAAGAUGGCCAACUCCCAGCGUGGGAGGAGCUCAAGGCCCCCGAGAUUGCCGUACAGUACUGGCAGAUGCCAGAAGACCACCGCACAAUGCGGGACCUGCUGCUCUACAUCCGGGCGGACGAGGCCAAACACCGUGAGGUCAACCAUACCUUGUCCAAUCUGGACCAGGCCAUAGAUCCCAACCCCUACCAGACCCAAUACCAAGACCCGGCCCAGCACCAUCCAAGCAAGGGCAUUGAAAAUCUGAAGGGGACGGGCUGGGAAAGAAAAGACAUUUUUUAA